AUGUUGUUGAGCCCUGUUGUUUGUAGUUGCCAUAGUUAUAAAUAUAUCUUUCUGAAUUUUGUCUUGGCCCCCGACUCUGAGGCUUUUAUUCUGAUCUCGAUAUUUUCAAGCGACUGCGACGCGCACAAAAAGAUGGUGGAACUGUGCGAGAAAAUGCAGGUGGCGCUGCAGGUAAAAAAGAUUUUUUUUUUGUAAAUUUUGACAUCCUGCACCUGCUCCCGGAACUUAGAACUUACUCAACGUUUGGCCUUUGUACCGCCACCGGGAGUUCUAGUUUCUUUCCUUGCACAGGAAAAUUUGCCAAUAUUUUCAAAUACGAUAAUUUCCAAUCUCCAUUCCCAGGCACAGAACGUCGGGGACUUGGUACAAGUAGUUGGGCAGCUGGCACAAGUGAUUGAGCGGCAGCAGGAUUGGAUUCCGCGAAUAACGACCGAGAUGAACCUGCUCCAGCCGCUUCUCGUCACCCUGCCCGAGAUCGACUUUGAAGGUCGAAAAGACGUCAUGACACUGUUCGCCAACAUCUGCCGAUCGCAGACCGGCAUCGCGGGCGGCAGCAGCUCCAGUACCGCUCCAUCCUCGGCCGGCGGCGGCGCCACCUCCGCAGGGCCGCCGGUGAACUCAGAAGCAGAGUACACGCCGUUCGAGCAAUACGUGGUAUAGUCAGAGAAUUUUGAUGGAGCUACGUCCUUCUGUAUAAGGUUAUUCCGUUGGGCGUUCCAACUCUCAUCAGAUCGUGAUGCAUCAGUGAGCGUGCCCGAGCUCUAGCUAGUAUUGUUGAUUAAGUGCAAGAACUUCUAUGUGCCAUCACCAAUUUCAAUAGCUAGAGUGACUGCUUUCAUCCGUCCACAGGUCUCGCAAAAGCUGAUCCCUUUGAUCGCUGAGCGGUACGCGCGGUCGCCCGAAAUUUCACUGAAUUACGGCAUCGUGCUACGGGAGCUCUGCCGGUGUCCAGGGGUCAACAAGCACGCGCUCGAUGAGAAAAUCAUCUACCAGUUGUUCGAAAUAGCGCGCACCAGCGACAAUUUCGAUCUUGCGUCAGACGCUUUUCUGUCUGUGAAGGAACUUUUGUGCCGCGCGAAGCAGCUUUCCGCGCGCUGGAUUUUGGCGAAUUUUGACGAAUUCUUCCGAAACUACCACGACAUUUUGCUGAGCACGUACAGCGAGCACAACGCGCAGGAAGAUCUCUACAUUUGCCAGCGCCAAUCCCUGAAGCUGCUGAGUGACAUGCUGCUGGACCGGCAAUUCAUGCAGAUCAUGCUGCAAUACAUAAACUCCGAGGAGUACUUGAAGGUGCACAUGACGUUUCUGCGGUCGUCGUCAAAAACCAUCCAGUUUGAAGCCUUCCACGUCUUCAAAAUCUUCGCCGCAAAUCCGAAUAAACCGAGGAAAAUCACGAUAAUACUGUAUUUGGUUGUUUGCUGUUACCCUUUAUCUAUCAUGAUCUGCAGGUGCCAUCUGCGUCAAGAUGAAGCUGUUUUCAACAUGUUGCGUUAGUUCUGCAAUAACGAAAAGAAAAUAAUUGCUUGUGUUGAAUUUAUUCAACAAAACUGUAAUUGCCAGGCACCAAAAUCGCGACCGGCUCGUGGACUUCCUGGAUACCUUCCUGAUACCCGAUCGCCAACAAGAUCAGCAGUUCAUCCAGGACAAAAACACGGUGAUUGACAAGCUGCGUAGACUGCAGCACCCAGACACCGUAGCCGCACCUCCUGCACCAGCUCCGACAAGCGGAGGAGGCGCCCCUGCGGCGCCAUCUGCGGGAGCUGGAAAUCCACCCCCCACAGCAACGGCAGCUGCUCCUGCUCCGGCUGCGAACCAGUCGGCUCCCCCACCUGCAGCCGCGAAUGCACCGUUGUCUUCCUCGAUAUAACAGAGAUUCUUAGCUUGUUAAACGCCGCGGCAAGCAUUUCUACACGAGCGACAAAAACACGGAAAUUCAGUUUUCUGAUUGCGACAUUACAUGAAAGAACGCCAUGAAUACAAAAGCACUCGCGCAGAACAUGAACAUCCCUGGUACAACAAAACGGC